ACACAAACCAACAAUCACAACUCACGCGCACAAACGCUUCAAAAGCCUCAACAACCACUCAAACCACACACUCUACCACACAACAACAAUCAAAAUGUCUCUCCGCAACUUCUACGCUCCCGAGUCCUCCUUCACUCCCCUCUUCCGACUCCUGGAGGACUUCGACAACUACACCCGCGAAAACAGCGACACCCAGAGCUCAACCCGCCGCACAAUCGCCCACUGGCAGCCCAAGUUCGACGUCCGGGAAACCGGCGAGGCCUAUGAGCUGCACGGCGAGCUCCCUGGCGUGAACAAGGAGGACGUCACCAUCGAGUUCACCGACGAGCAGUCCAUCCAGAUCCGCGGCAAGGUCGAGCGCACCUACACGGCCGGCACUCCUCCUGCCGGCGCCAUCACGGAAUCCGGCGAGAAAGAGAACAAGGAGGGUUCCGACAACAAGAGCCAGGUCGCUAAGUCCGGCUCGCCCAAGCAGAAGCCCGCCGACUCUGCCAAAUACUGGCUCACUGAGCGCAGCGUUGGCGAGUUCUCUCGCUCCUUCAGCUUCCCCAACCGUGUCAACCAGGACGGUGUGACGGCUAGCUUCAAGGACGGCAUCCUCAGCGUUGUCGUCCCCAAGGCGGCCAAGCCCGAGCCUCGCCGCAUCACCGUCUCUUAAGAAGCUCCACGAAGCAUUUCAUCUACGUUUUGUCACUCCUUACUUAACGGAUAUUGGUCUGGAGGAGGAAUAACUGCAUGGAAGUGGCGUUUGUAAUUUCAAGUUCUGCGAUGGAUACCCCUUAGUGUAAAGGGGCGAGAAAUGGGUUUUGUCGGAGUUGCAUGUUUGUUUGAG